CUUCUUCUUCGUAAAUAAAAUAAAAUAAUUAAAUGCUUAAAAAAAAAUCAGAUCCUCUCUCUCGAUCUCUCUUUCAUUCAAUGUGCAUUGUCGUUCUCGUUGAUCCAUUUACAAAAGCACCUGCGUGUUGAUUGGUGUUUUAAGCAUUAGAGAUAAAAGUUUGAAAUUUAUGAGGAAAGAGGAGGGAGAGAGCACAAAUGGAAGGGAGCCAAUCUGCAGGGUCCAGUGAGAAUGAAGAACAAACACUGGUUCGAGAACUAUGUGCCAAUGGGAUUUGUAUGAAAACAACUGAAGUUGAAGCAAAACUUGAUGAGGGAAAUAUUCAAGAGGCAGAAUCUUCUUUAAGAGAAGGCUUGCAACUUAAUUUUGAGGAAGCAAGAGCCCUUCUUGGAAGGUUAGAAUAUCAAAGAGGCAAUGUUGAAGGUGCCCUUCGUGUUUUUGAUGGCAUUGAUCUGCAAGCAGCCAUAGAAAGAUUACAACCAUCCAUUUCUGAGAAACAGCCCACUAAGAAGGUUCGCUCUCGCAAUGAUUCACAGAAUGCAGUUUCACAGCAUGCUGCUGGCUUGGUUCUUGAAGCAAUAUACUUAAAAGCCAAGUCUCUUCAGAAACUUGGGAGGUUAAGUGAUGCUGCUAAUGAAUGUAAAAACGUUCUUGAUGCUGUGGAGAAGAUAUUCCAGCAGGGCAUACCUGAUGUGCAAGUAGAUAGUAGACUGCAAGAUACAGUUAGUCAAGCCGUAGAGCUCCUCCCAGAGCUCUGGAAGCAGGCUGGUUGCUAUGAGGAAGCAAUGUCUACUUAUAGACGUGCUCUCCUCAGUCAAUGGAACCUUGAUAAUGACUGCUGUGCAAGAAUUCAGAAAGGAUUUGCAGUUUUUUUACUGCACAGUGGAGUGGAAGCUGGCCCACUCAGUUUAGCUGCUCAGAUUGAUGGUUCAUAUGUACCUAAACAAAAUCUGGAAGAGGCAGUUUUACUUUUGAUGAUUCUUAUUAGGAAAUUUUACCUAGGCAAAACCAAAUGGGAUCCAUCAGUUAUGGAACAUUUAACAUUUGCACUAUCUCUAUGCAGCCAAACUUCUAUUGUAGCGAAACAACUUGAAGAGAUCAUGCCUGGGGUAUUUCAUCGUGUUGACCGUUGGAAUACUUUAGCUCUUUGUUACUGUGGAGCAGGACAAAACAAUGUUGCUUUAAACCUUUUGAGGAACUCUCUACACAAACAUGAACGACCUGAUGAUCUCAUGGCAUUGUUGUUGGCUGCCAAGAUAUGUAGUGAGGAUUCUCAUCUUGCUGCAGAGGGAGGAGGAUAUGCACAAAGGGCAAUCGAAAAUGCUCAGGGGAUUGAUGAACAUCUUAAAGGUGUGGCUGUUCGCAUGUUGGGUCUUUGUUUGGGAAAGCAAGCUAAAGUUUCUUCCUCUGACUUUGAAAGGUCUCGUCUUCAGUCUGAAGCAUUGAAAUCUUUAGAAGGUGCAGUUGCUUUUGAGCCAAACAAUCAUGAUCUGAUUUUCGAGCUAGGAGUUCAAUAUGCAGAGCAACGAAAUUUGAAUGCAGCUUUGCGCUGUGCAAAGCAGUUCAUUGAUGCUACUGGUGGCUCCAUGUUAAAAGGUUGGAGAUUGCUUGCACUGGUUUUGGCUGCUCAACAGCGAUUCUCAGAGGCUGAGGUUGUCACUGAUGCUGCUUUAGAUGAGACUGCAAAAUGGGAUCAAGGACCACUGCUCAGGCUAAAAGCAAAAUUGAAGAUCUCCCAGUCUCUACCCAUGGAUGCUAUUGAAACUUAUCGUUACCUUCUUGCAUUGGUUCAAGCUCGAAGGAAAUCUUUUGGUCCUCUGAGAAGUAUUUCUCAGGUUGAGGAUGAAAAAGUAAAUGAAUUUGAAGUUUGGCAUGGUCUAGCUGAUUUAUACUCUAGGCUUUCGCAUUGGAAGGAUGUGGAGGUAUGUCUGGGAAAAGCCAGAGGAUUGAAACAGUACUCUGCAGAAUUGCUGCAUACAGAAGGAAAGCCACCUAGAUUGAGCUAGCUGCAUGCUUUGGUUGGCUUUUUACCUUAAAGGACUUGAGCUUUGGAGUUAUUAUUUAGCAGAUAGUUUAGGGAUAGGAUGAUUAAGGCAACUUCAUGGAGAAACUUGAGAAGACCUUUUCCGUGAAACAUGGCUCUUUGAAGCAUAGUGACUUUAAUGUAUAUAACAUUCUUUUGGCUCUUCCCAAGAAAAAAAUGUUCAUAUUGGUAAACUUCUGACAUAUCUUGCUGUCUUGAUGCACCAUAAUUACUAUUAAUGUUUGAUGUGAGAAUCCUUCUCGUUUACUUUGAAGAAAUCAGGAGAACCGACUGUGUUCUUAUGGCUUUUGAUUGUCAUUUGGAUGAGCGAGUGGAAUAAUAUUGAAUUGCUAGGGCAUAAAAAGUUGCAACUUGAAUUGAAUCAGUAAGCCCUAAAACUUUGAAUUGGAAGAAUUUGACACUAAAGUAGGACGAUUGUCGGUAAAAGUACAUUUUUUUUAAAUGGUACAAUACGUCUCUGAACUAAAUUCUAAAUAUUAUGGUAUAUUCACAUUAUUAUGAUGAUUGGUUCACUUGCCCCCAAUCAAAUAUAAGGAUAUAUAUAUAAAGGAAUUGAUGUAGCCAUAUUAUGUAUUUAAAUUAGGCUUGCUUGGCUCUCUGCCCUGCACACAAGUGCUUUAGAUGGAUGCAUAAUUUUCAUAUUGUUUUAUAAUUAUUAGGUAAAACUAUCGACUUGGUAAAGUAUUUGUCAAAUCGAGGUUCUUCUUUCUUAUGUAUGUAUAUGUGUCUCUCUGUGUGUGUGUGUGUGUAAAGAGAAAGACAGAAUAAUAAAAGAAAAAGAAAAGAAACUUCCAUCCAAGAACUUUCUGCGAAGACCAUUAUUCUUAAAAACAUGAUAUUAUUUGUAGGGUUGUGAUUUAUGCCCAUGCCUUAUAAUUUUUUUUGUUUUCUUUAACUGAAGAAGCAUAAGCAAAGUUUGAAGGGUUGCUCAAACUUUCAAGAACGUAGCAGGUUGAUGGUGGCGGAUGGCAAUGGCAAAAGUUGGCUUUCAUAUCAAUUGAUGUAAAACAUUAGAUUGUCAAUCCCAAAUAAGUUUUUAAGUUGACCAAAACUAAUCAUACCAUUAGGCCAUUUCCCUUAUGCAAAGAAGUAAAAUAGAAAUUUAUUAACUAAUUUUUCUAUUCCUUAAAACUUCUAUAGGUGUUUAAUAUUAGCAUGCUCCCAAAGUUGGAAUGCUUAGCAUGUAAUUGUUUCAGAUAUCAUUAUUCUUUUUUUUUUUUAUU